AGGGAUAGUAGAUAUCAGAGCGACUCGGAAUGGGACAGUGCUGCGCCGCGCCGGAGAAGUAGACGGCAGAGCACGACGGAUGGCGGAAGUGCAAGGAAGGCUGGCGCGCCGCUUUCGCUCGAAGCGCUCGCCAAGUUAGACAAAGAUGUCGCGAAGAAGAAGGGGGGGUGGCGCGGCUAUGACUACGACGAAGACUAUCUCAAGGAGGUAAGGCGGAAAGAGAAGGCGCUGGAGAAGGAUAGAGCCAAGGAGGUGAGGGAAGAGAAGAAGAAGGCUAAACGCGAAGAAGAGAGGAGGAAGAUUGACGAGAGCGACAGGGAGAUUCUGGAGGAGAAGGAGAGGCGGAAGAGAAGGGAGGAGCGGAGGCGGAAGAGGGAGAGUAGAGAAAUUAAGGGGGGCGCUGUUGUGUUGGGGGAUUUGGCGGGGAUGGAGGGGAAGAGGGGGAGUCGGACGGAGGAUGAGAGGGAGUGGAGACGCAGGGAUGAGGCGAGGUAUACGCCAAGUGAGGUUGAAGAGAGGAGGGAGAGGAGACAGAGAGAGAAACAGCAGAGGAGUGAGCAGAGGAAGAGGCGGGUUGUGAGCGGGCCGUUGGCUGAAGAAGGUGGGAUUGAUGACGACGACGAGUAUCAGUAUAUGAUGGAGAAGCGUGGUGGAGCAGGGAGUGCGCCGACCGUGUUGUCAGCGGAAGAACAGGCGAGGAAGAAGAAGAAGCGGAAGAAGAUCAUCAUUGGGGUGGUAUCGAGUAACGACUCACCGCAAAGUGACGCUGCAGCCGGGCAAUCAACGCCGAAGAACAGCAACCUCGACGGAAAAGACCCAAACAGCGUACCCGAGGAGGACAAGGGCGGGAUCUUUGACCCCUGGGCAUGGUAUGACACCGAAGACUUCAACGUCACCUACACAAAAGAGCUAGUCGGCGGUCUCCCCAUCAUAGGCCUCAACUCGACAUGGAACGACGACGUUCAGGCCAACAGCAAAGUGCCAAACCUCCAAGACUCCUUCCAAUACGGCAAAAUGCCCAUCCGCGGCGUCAACGUCGGCGGCUGGCUCAACAUCGAACCCUUCAUCACACCCUCCUUCUUCGAGAACUUCGGCGCCCGCGACGGCGUAGUAGACGAAUACACACUCCUUACAAAACUCGGCCCAACAAAAGCAAAAUCCACACUCGAACAACACUACUCGGCUUUCGUCAACAAACAGACGUUUGCAGAGAUCCGCGCCGCAGGCAUGGACCACGUGCGCUUCCCCUUCGGCUACUGGAUCGUGCAGACCUACGACGGCGACCCGUACGUGCCCCAAAUAUCCUGGCGCUACCUGUUGCGCGGAAUCGAGUACUGCCGCCAAAACGGGCUGCGCGUGAACCUCGACCUGCACGGCGCGCCCGGCAGCCAGAACGGCUGGAACCACUCCGGCCGCCAGGGCGUGAUCGGGUGGCUGAACGGUACAGACGGGGAUCUGAAUGCGCAGCGUACAUUGGAUAUUCAUCACAAACUGUCUGUCUUCUUCGCGCAGCCAAGAUAUAAGAAUGUGGUUACUAUGUACGGCUUGGUCAAUGAGCCGCGCAACGUCGAUCUCAACACCGAGAUGGUGGUCAACUGGACACAGACCGCCAUCACCCAGGUCCGCGCCGACAACAUAACCGGCAUCAUCGUGUUCGGCGACGGCUUCAUGGGUCUGGAUAACUGGCAAGGAAAACUCCAAAACAACAAGGACUUGCUUCUCGACGUGCACCAGUACGUUACUUUCAAUGUUGACCAGUUAUCCCUCGGACACAGGGAUAAACUCAACUUCGCGUGCUCGGCGUGGACACAACAAAGCGUAAGAAGUAUGGACAAGACGACCGGUUUCGGACCGACCAUGUGCGGUGAGUGGUCUCAAGCAGAUACAGACUGCACUCAAUACAUCAACAACGUGAACAUCGGCACCCGCUGGGAGGGCACAUACGAUACCGGUAACAGCUCCACCGCGAUCCUCGUACCUCAAUGCCCCGAGUCCGGCAAAUGCUCGUGUGAUCCGGCGAACUCAGACCCGUCGACUUACUCCUCCGACUACAAGAAAUGGCUGUAUCAGUUUGCGAUCGGGCAGAUGGACGCGUUCGAGGCGGGUUGGGGCUGGUUUUACUGGACGUGGGAGACGGAGAAGGCGACGCAGUGGAGUUAUCGCCGGGGCCUGGCGGCGGGGAUACUGCCGAAGAUGGCGAAUGAUAGGGACUGGACGUGUCCGGAUAAUGGGGUGGACGGGUUGGAUACGUUUAGUGGGUUGCCGGAGUACUAUUGA